AACAAUUCCAAGUGCCAAGAGUGCUUUUUAUAUUUGUGUUUUCAUAUUGUUCCGAUAUAUAAAUUAAGAAAAAUGUUGCGUUUAAUAAAGUCCAUAAAUGUUGUUCAGAAUACGAAUAAGAUUUUGGCCAGUAGCUUACAACAACAACGUACAGCCAAUUACUCUGCUAUGCCAGAACCGCAAACAACGCCUGAUAUAUUGUAUACUGGUCUUUUUAUUAAUAAUGAAUGGCACAAAAGCGUAACUGGUAAAACGUUCCCCAGCAUAAAUCCUACGACUGAGAAGGCUAUUGCUGAAGUGCAACGUGCUGGAAAAGAAGACGUAGAUUUGGCCGUUCAAGCUGCUAGAGAUGCAUUUCGACUCGGUUCUCGUUGGCGUCGCAUGGAUGCCUCGGACCGCGGUAAUUUAAUCAAUCGUUUGGCUGAUCUUAUAGAACGUGAUCGUGUUUACUUGGCUAGUCUGGAAACUUUGGAUAAUGGGAAACCGUAUUCUAUGUCAUAUAACGUUGAUCUCCCAAUGUCCAUAAAGAACUUACGCUAUUUUGCUGGCUGGGCUGAUAAAAAUCACGGCAAAACCAUACCAAUGGAUGGUGAUUUUUUUGCCUAUACACGUCAUGAGCCGGUGGGCGUAUGUGCUCAAAUUAUACCUUGGAAUUUCCCCAUAUUAAUGAUGGCUUGGAAAUUGGGUCCGGCUUUGGCGACUGGUAAUACGGUUGUCUUAAAACCGGCCGAACAGACCUCUUUAACCGCCCUGUACAUUGCUCAGUUGAUUAAGGAGGCGGGUUUUCCAGAGGGCGUUGUAAAUGUCUUGUCUGGUUACGGCGAUGCCGGCGCUGCUUUGGCUAACCACUAUAAUGUAGAUAAAGUGGCUUUUACUGGUUCCACGGAAGUCGGUAAAUUAAUACAACAAGCCUCAGGUAAUACAAACUUGAAACGUGUAACUCUGGAAUUGGGUGGCAAGAGCCCAAAUAUCGUUUUGGCCGAUACGGAUAUGGAUUAUGCUGUGGAGACAUCGCAUUUCGGUUUAUUUUUCAAUAUGGGUCAAUGUUGUUGUGCCGGUUCACGUACUUUUGUGGAAGAGAAAAUUUAUGACGAAUUUGUUGAGCGUAGUGCCGAAAGAGCACGAAAACGUCGUUUUGGUAAUCCCUUCGAUUUAAAUGUUGAACAGGGUCCCCAAGUGGAUGAGGAGCAAUUACAAAAAAUUCUGCAAUUAAUUGAUAGCGGUAAACAGCAAGGUGCUAAACUGAUUGCAGGCGGUGCACGUCCGAAUGAAUUACCCGGCUAUUUUGUACAGCCAACUGUUUUCGCUGAUGUUCAAGACGAUAUGAGAAUUGCCCGUGAGGAAAUCUUUGGUCCUGUCCAACAAAUAAUACGUUUCAAAAAACUGGAUGAAGUUAUAGAAAGAGCGAACAAUUCUGAUUAUGGCUUAGCUGCGGCCGUUUUCACCAAAGAUAUCGACAAAGCGAAUUAUAUUGUUCAGGGUCUUCGCGCCGGUACAGUAUGGGUUAAUACAUAUAAUAGCUUGGCUUCGCAGGUACCAUUUGGCGGCUUCAAAAUGUCGGGUCAUGGCCGCGAAAAUGGUGAAUAUGCUUUGCGUAAUUACACCGAAGUGAAAAGUGUUAUCGUUAAGCUUGCUCAGAAAAAUUCUUAAGCUACGUUGUUGUUGUUUAGUUUUACUUUUUUAUAUAUUAUACUUUCACAAUUUACCAAUUUACGGCAUUAAUUUCCGUUUAAUGAAUAAAUUUGAUAUCUUUAUAAACUAA